AUGCGCUGCGGUCUGCCAGCCCCCCCAGCAGUAGAAGCAGCAGCAGCAGCAGCAGCAGCAGCCCCGGAGCAGCAGCAGCAGCAGCAGCAGCAUGAGCAGCAUCCAACGCAGCAGCACCAGCACCAGCAGCAGCAACAGCAGCAGUAUUGUGACCCAGGAACUUCUUUUAUAUUAGCUGAUCGAGGGGCACUUGCAGCAGCAGCAGCAGCAGCAGCAGCAACGCCAGCAGCAGCAGCAGCAACAGCAGCAGCAGCAACAGAAGCAGCAGCAGCAGCAGCAAACAUCUGUUUUUCCGUUGCUUGUCAUUUCUUUCUUAACCAACAUCGUCACCUCGAGGGGCACUUGCAGCAGCAGCAGCAGCAGCAGCAACGCCAGCAGCAGCAGCAGCAACAGCAGCGGCAGCAACAGGAGCAGCAGCAACAGGAGCAGCAGCAGCAGCAGCAAACAUCUGUUUUUCCGUUGCUUGUCAUUUCUUUAUUAACCAACAUCGUCACAAGCCUCAUCAUCAGCAUCAGCAUCAGCAGCAGCAGCAGCAGCUCCAGCAGCAGCAGCAGCAGCGGCAGCAGAACAACAGACGCAGCAGCAGCCGCAGCAGCAACAGAAACAGCUGCAGCAAAAGAAGCAGCAGCAACCUGA